AUGGCUAGGAUUGGCAAGGGUAGUGUUGAAUUUGAGGAUUUGUUACCAGUGUUCACCGGUAAACUGGGUGGUGAGGGUUUGAUAAAGGAGCUUUGUAAGGGUUUUCGGGUUGAUCCUUCAACUCACGUGGCAGUUGGGGUUGAUCCUUCAACUCACCUUUAUCUAAUUUGUUGUGUUGAAUGCAUAUCACAUAUGGAUAGAACAUCUAUACUUGGAGACACUAUUGAUUACAUGAAAGAACUUCUGGAGAAGAUCAACAAUCUGCGGCAAGAAGUAGAAGUAGAUUCAAACAUGGCAGGCAUUUUCAAAGAUGUAAAACCAAAUGAAAUCCUAGUGAGAAAUUCACCCAAGUUUGAGGUGGAGAGGAGUGUGGACACCCGAGUGGAAAUUUGCUGUGUAGGGAAGCCAGGCUUGAUACUAUCUACUGUAAACACUCUGAAAGCAUUAGGCCUAGAGAUUCAACAAUGUGUUAUUAGCUGUUUCAAUGAUUUCACAAUGCAGGCUUCAUGCUCAGAGGAAUCGGAGCAAAGGACGAUGCUGAGUUUUGAAGACAUAAAGCAAGCGUUGUUUAGAAGUGCAGGAUAUGGAGGAAGAUGUUUAUGAGAAUUGAACAGAGGAAGAAGAGUUGCA